AAAGGCGCUGCUCCGCGGCGGGGCGGGAUAUCGCGAGCGUUGGGCGCGCGGGUCUCGCGAUGCCCGAGCGUCGGUCGGCCGGCUCGGCGUGUGCCAUGACAACAGGAGCUGCGGGGAGGAUGUGCAGGAUCACCAAGGUGCUAAAUGGAGUCAGAACAGUUGUUUUCUAGAGGAUAUUACCGGAACAGUUACAACAGUAUAACCAGUGCAAGCAGUGAUGAGGAAUUGCUAGAUGGAGCAGGAGUCAUCAUGGACUUUACAGGAUCUGAGGACGAUAACUUGCUGGAUGGAGAUGUUUCUUCAGGAGCCAACUAUACCAUGACAAAUGGAGGUGGUAUUAACAGCACAACACAUUUAUUGGAUCUUUUGGAUGAACCUAUACCAGGUGUUGGAACAUAUGAUGACUUCCACACCAUUGACUGGGUGCGAGAGAAGUGCAAGGAUCGGGAAAGGCACAGAAAGAUUACUAGCAAGAAGAAAGAUUCUGUGUGGGAGUUUGUAAAAAGCCUAUAUGAUGCUUGGUCUGGAUGGCUGGUUGUAACACUGACUGGUCUGGCAUCAGGUGCCUUGGCUGGUUUAAUAGAUAUUGCUGCAGACUGGAUGACUGAUUUAAAGGAAGGCAUAUGUCUGAGCGCAUUGUGGUUCAACCAUGAACAAUGCUGCUGGGGAUCGAGUGAGACAACGUUCGAAGCAAGAAACAAAUGCCCUCAGUGGAAAACAUGGGCCGAAUUAAUAAUUGGACAAGCAGAUGGACCAGGCUCUUAUAUAAUGAACUACAUUAUGUACAUAUUUUGGGCCUUGGGAUUUGGCUUCUUGGCUGUUUCCUUGGUGAAGGUGUUUGCUCCAUAUGCCUGUGGCUCUGGAAUUCCAGAGAUUAAAACCAUUCUGAGUGGCUUCAUCAUCCGAGGCUACCUAGGCAAGUGGACCUUGCUAAUUAAAACAAUCACUCUGGUUUUAGCUGUGGCCUCUGGGCUGAGCUUGGGGAAAGAGGGUCCUCUUGUACAUGUUGCCUGUUGCUGUGGAAAUAUCUUUUCCUAUUUGUUCCCAAAAUACAACAAAAAUGAAGCCAAGAAGCGAGAGGUUUUGUCUGCAGCAUCAGCAGCGGGUGUCUCUGUGGCUUUUGGUGCUCCGAUUGGUGGUGUCCUUUUUAGCUUGGAAGAGGUUAGCUACUAUUUUCCCUUGAAAACCCUCUGGAGAUCAUUUUUUGCUGCAUUAGUAGCAGCCUUCAUCUUGCGUUCCAUUAAUCCGUUCGGAAACAGCCGUCUAGUCCUCUUUUACGUGGAGUAUCAUACUCCCUGGUACUUAUUUGAAUUGAUACCUUUCAUCCUCCUGGGUGUAUUCGGAGGACUGUGGGGAGCCUUCUUCAUCCGUGCUAACAUUGCGUGGUGCAGACGUCGGAAGACCACAAAGUUUGGGAAGUUCCCUGUCCUUGAAGUCAUUACAGUGACCGCCAUUACUGCUGUGGUCGCCUUUCCUAAUCAAUACACAAGGAAGAACACUAGUGAGUUGAUUAAAGAGCUUUUCACUGACUGUGGGCCUCUAGAAUCUUCACCACUUUGUGAUUACCAGACUGAUGCAAAUGUCAGUAAGCUGUUGGAUGACAUCCCAGAUCGACCUGCCGGUCAAGGAGUGUAUGAUGCCAUUGGGAAACUGGCGCUGGCACUGAUAUUCAAAAUUAUUAUGACCAUUUUCACAUUUGGAAUUAAGGUACCUUCAGGUCUCUUCAUACCGAGCAUGGCUAUUGGUGCCAUCGCUGGUAGAAUUGUGGGAAUUGCAGUGGAACAAAUGGCCUAUCAUCACCAUGACUGGUUCAUAUUCAACCAGUGGUGUAAUGUUGGAGCCGACUGUGUUACACCUGGCCUGUAUGCAAUGGUUGGUGCUGCAGCUUGUUUGGGUGGUGUGACACGGAUGACAGUUUCUCUCGUGGUAAUUGUAUUUGAACUAACUGGUGGGCUGGAGUACAUUGUUCCUCUCAUGGCAGCUGUAAUGACAAGCAAAUGGGUGGGAGAUGCAUUUGGCAGAGAGGGCAUUUACGAAUCACAUAUCCGCCUGAAUGGGUAUCCAUUCCUGGACGCUAAAGAAGAGUUCACUCAUACAACAUUGGCAGCGGAUGUAAUGCGGCCUCGGAGGAACGAGGCUCCUCUCUCGGUCCUGACUCAGGAUGAUAUGACAGUCGAAGACUUAGAAAUGAUAAUUAAUGAAACAACUUAUAACGGUUUUCCUGUCAUUGUAUCAAAAGAAUCUCAGAGAUUGGUUGGAUUUGCACUCCGAAGGGAUAUAACUAUUGCAUUAGAAAAUGCUAGAAGAAAGCAAGAAGGCAUUGUCAGCAGUUCCAGAGUUCACUUUACCCAGCAUGCUCCAACACUCCCAGCAGACAGCCCACGCCCAUUGAAGCUGCGAAGCAUUCUUGAUAUGAGCCCAUUCACCGUUACAGAUCAUACGCCUAUGGAGAUUGUAGUGGACAUCUUUCGUAAACUGGGUCUGAGGCAGUGCCUUGUAACGCAUAAUGGGAAUAUCUUGGGGAUCAUCACAAAGAAGAACAUAUUAGAACACCUCGAGCAACUAAAACAACACGUCGAACCUUUGGCGCCUCCUUGGCAUCAUAACAAAGAAGGAUAUCCUUCGUCAUAUGGCUCAAAUGGCAGAUCAAGAUCCGGAGUCGAUCAUGUUCAACUGAACACCGUAUCAGAGGAUCACGAGGAAAGUGAGGAGGAAGUCCACCUGUUAAAGAGCACAGAUAUCUGACAGCUCUGCAGAUUCCAGCUCAAAUGGCAGCACAGAAGGAAGGCAAAAAUCUUAUUGCGGCUCAGAUAGCACUGAAAUCUGCUUUGAUGUGGGAGUUUGUCAGCAGUGGCCCAAGUCAGUAUUAAACCUGAUGCCCACUACUACAAAACUAUACCUAAAAAUGUCCACUUUUAAGAUUAUUUUUGUUGUUGAGAUAUGCUAUUAACAGAUAGAGAACGACGGUGGAAAACACAGAUAUAAAUGGUCCUCCUGCCGUAUUUAAACCACUAUACUCAGUCAUUGGUUUCUUUGGUGUCUCCAGGGUUGUGCUGAAGCAGACCAUCUUGCUACAAGGCAUUGCAUCUUCACACAGAAUACAGCCCAUUUCAGAAAUAUUGACAGCUGGAGUCUUGUUUUGGAGGAGGGGGGGGGGGGGUGGCGGGAGAGGGAGGGGAGCAGGAUGCUUACUUCAAAAUGAGCUGUGUUCACUUCCCUGAAUACUUAACUACUUUUCCACUGUGAAAGGUGAAGAGAACAGAGACCUCACUUUCUGUGACUAUCUUUGCCAUUGAAGUAGACAGUUUCCAAUAUUAAGAUGGAGGGAAUCCAGUCAAAAAAAAAAGUGUGAUGUCCUUACCUAUAGCAAAUUGUAUCAGGCAAGCACCAGAUCUGAAAGUACUUCACCAAAAUUAAAAGCUUUAAAGAAAGUACUUUUCUGAGUUUUGUCAGGAGAAUGAGUUGAAGUGGGGCUUGGCAAUUUGUGGAACUUUUUAUCCGUCCUGCAUUUUUUUUUAAAUUAAUAGUCUUUAAUGAAAUUGAGGGUCUGUUACUGCAGGAUAACAUGCUUUUAUGUGCAUUGAUCUCUCCCCUCUUUUACUGCAAGAGAUUUACUAGUAAUCUCUGGAUUAUGUUUGCAUAGUCAACAACUUUACAGAUACAGUAUAGCACAAGUAAUUGCUUUUGUCACAUCUGAACUUUUAAUAUUCACCUCUGAUUACUGUAAUGUUUCUAACUGGAAUCUUGCACGUGGUUUUAUUAGAUUUCGGUAACUAUUGUGAUAAAUUGUGCAUUUCAUAUUCAGGUGAUUUUUAUUUUACUGCUGACAUCAGUGGCCAAAUCUUGCAAUUGAAUCCAUCUUUUCAGUGCAUUAUAGGUGUAGUUUUUGCACUUUUAAUUUGCACCAUUAUUCAGCAUUGGUAGGGAAAAGUUUACAGGAUGAUUCAAAUAAUCCAUUUUAACUAAAUUGACCAAAUGAAACAACUGUAAAACUGGCAUUAUUCAUACAUAUUGCAUUUCAGGACAAUAUUUCAUAAGAUAUUUCUUGUGGUUAUUUUUCAGGAAUGUUAGACUAAAAUAUAAAUGGUUGAAGAACAGAUGUUGCUUUUUAAAUAACUUGAAGUUUGCACUAAAUUGCUAACUGUUAUAGAGGUGACCUCCAGCAUCUUUGCACAGAAUUGAGAAAGCAUUUGUGUUCCUUUUGUUCUGUCAAGCUGCUGGUAGGAGACUGAAACCCUGUGAGCAUUUUCAAUGGACCUCAAGCUUGCUUGAGUAGAAAUAACCUCAGUGUGAGCUACUUGAAAAUGAUUAAGCAUUAUCAGUUAAUUGCUUCCUUGCAAUCUUUGUAUAUCCUCAACCAGUAAUUUAGCAAAGAUGCCCAAGAGAUCAAAAUCAGAAUGUGUAGAAGAAUGAUUAAAAAUCUACAAAUAACAAUAUCAUUGCAGAAUUCAUCAUCUCAGACAGCAUAUGCAGUUAAAAGAUAUCUCAGGCAGCUUUUAUGGCUAAAACCGUAGCAUUUUCUGAAAGUGUUGGAUUGACCAUUCAAUUCAACAUAAACAAUACUGGAAUAAUAUAGUGCAAAUACUGGAACUCAAAUUAAAAAUGUGAAACGCCAGAGGUACAGAACAGGCAAAUCAACAACUGCAAAGGGUGAAGAUAGACUGGCAUUUAUUUCAAAAUCAUGGCCAAACAUGGUUCUGACAUCUGUGCCAGAAACAAUUAGCUUUUUUCCCCUCUUCAUAUGGUUAUAGAUUGUAACUAGAAUGUACAGAACCAGAACACAGGCCCACUGACAUCAACAUAAACUUCCCUUCUUGUAUUUGUGUAUCUUCUCUUUAAGGGUGAUUUAAGAUAUUUGCCUCAACAACCUCCUGUGCUGCAAGUUCCACAUCCUCUCCACUCUUAGGUAAAGAUUGUCUGUUGGGUAUCUCUGGCAAUGUUUUUGCUUUUACAAGGCAAUGUGGUGUCUACAGCACCUAAGAGGACUCCCUCCACCCACUUUACAUGCGCCAGAUAGAGCAGAAAGUUUUAAAGAGAGAUCCUAUUGGGGUGGUGCCUGUGUCCAGUUGUUACCUGUUGCCCUGCUUUUGGUUAAUGAAGAAUGCUUCAUCUUUGUUAACCUGUGAUGUUGCCUAGAAUUGUAUUUAAUACUGAUCCUCAAUGUUAUUUUUUAAUUUAUAUUUGGUGUAUUAGAAUUUCACAUUCUUAAGGUGAGCUUAAUUAUGGUUACUGUGGAAAGUCUGAUUAUAUAUUAUGUAUUAAAUUCUCUGUUACAACAGUAAA